UGCUUCGUCUCCAUGAUGGCGGCGGGAGGCGAGUCUGCGGCCUUCUUCCAAACCUCUGCCUCAGAGCGCCCUUUCCCCCAGCCGCUCUCUCAGGCGCGCAGCCGGCUCCCCACUCCAGUCUAAACCUCACCUUUCUUGUCCCCGCCAGCUGUUGCUGGGUUACGGGCUCCGUUUCCCCGCCCUCUCUUGGGCCUGCUAUCGAGGUUUGUUGCGCUCGCCGUGCCGCUGCUUCGGGCUAGCUGGGCCCUGCCGCCGCCAUCUUUUCACUCACAGAUCGAUUGCUAUAGCCGGGGCUUCCCGCAGUCGCCAGGGCGCAUGCGCCUGAGCUGGGCCGCUGAAAGGAUCUCGCCGGGGGACAGACAGCACCGCGCAUGCGAAAUAGAUCGGCGACUGGAGGCAAAACUAAAGAUUCAACAGAAGGAAAAAAAAUCGAAGCUGACGCCUAAGGUUCCCAUCGUCAUACAGGAUGACCUCCAUCCAACGCCCUGUGCUCCGCAAAUCCGCAUUUUGAAGAGACCGACGAGUAAUGGGGUAGUCAGCACGCCCAACUCCACCACAAGACCACCUCCACAAGUCAAAUCGCUGGCCCAGCGAGAAGCUGAAUACGCAGAAGCUCGGAAACGGAUCUUGGGGAGUGCAAGUCCUGAAGAAGAAGAUAAAACUAAUACAGACAGGCCAACUAGGAUUACCCAAUUAGAGGAGACCAGACAACAGAGCAGUGUGAUUCGACAGCCUUUGGGCCCUGAUGGUACACAAGGCUUCAAGCAGCGCAGAUAAAACGUGGGCUAAAACGUGUAGAACAGAACUCUCCAGGACCGAGCGUGCAGUGUUGGACAGAGAGAACGGACUCAAGCAGAGGACCUGAUCUGCUUCUCUUGCACUGUGAUCCCCUUUUGCUCCGCCCACUGUGACUUUUCUCCUUGCGCACUGUGACCCCCUGCUCCGCCCACUGUGGUUGGCACACUGCUGUGAGCUCUCCAAGGAAACCGUGAAGGGGAGGUUUCUUGUAUUCAGACUGGCCAAGAAUACAUUGUGUGCCAUUUCUAACCAGAAAUUUGCUCCAGCAAUAAUACUGUUUAAGAAUGUUCAAUAGAUUAUCUUUUAAUUUCAGAAAAGAGUUUUGACUAUGUAUUAGUGAUGGGUGCUGUUUGUCCAUUUACAGCCCAUGCUUCAUGGGUUUGUUUUGGUUUCUUCCCACCUGAUCCAGUACCACAAGACAGUCCUUCAAUUAUCUCACUAUGCGAAGUAUGUCUAAAAAUCCACCAGAAAUGCACCAAUUUUAAAGUUGGCUCAUCUUUAACUAUUUAUUAUAGGUUGUAUUUAAAUUUUUUUUUCAAACCGUCAGUCUGAAGAAAGAGGACAAGAACGUGAAAUGAUCCACAAUAGGAAUGUGGACCACAGGCUUGGGCUGUUUGACACAGUAGACCAAGGAGUACACUUGUGUUCAGUAAUGAGUGGUCUGUUGUGUAACCAAUUCCUGUCAGAUUCCUGUCCUCCCAUCCACAGUGAGCAAGUCUGUUGGUUAACAGAGAACUAGUUGGGGUGGGGGUGGGGAAAGAGAAGUUCAAAUAGUGGCUGCAAAUGUUGCUGUAUCUCAUCCACCUGAAUGUGAUUAGCUGGUUUGGCCAAAUCUCAGCUAAACCCCAGGAUUUAUUUUUUAAUAUCAAAACUAAAAUGGUGGUGUGAUUAAAAAUAGAGUACUAGGGUAGCACUUGAGAUGAAAGCUGUGUAUUGCUGUGGUCACGUGAUCUUAUUCCAGCACUGCCUUAUGCUCAAAUUCACCAGCUAUGCUUUGUGCAUGAUGGUUUUUGGUAUAAACUGCAGGAUAUAUAUAACUUGCAGUAGUAGAAACUUUCUUUAGAAAAGAGAAUGUUUCAGCAGUGGCCAUGUCUAUUGUUACUGCUGCUCCCAUUGUGGGUCAGUGCAGAACAGUAUUGUAAGAAACUGGGAAGGUUUUCAAAGUAUUUUAUUUGGAACCCUCCCAGUUUUAUGAAGGGAGGAAAUGAAAGGAAAAGAAAAAAGACAAAGACAAAUAAAUGUAAUUUUUUAAAAAGGGAAAUAAAAUUGUUCUAAUCAAAUUAUACGUUCUUUCAAGAAGCUGAAAAGUUUGAGGCUAAAUAGUGGAACCUGAAACUUUGGUACUGUUUGUCUCCCUUCUGGUGGUUGUGUGCGUUCUGUGCCCUGCUAACACUAAAGCGAAGGGUUGCAGUUAUUGCCCAUCACUAGUACAUACUCUUAGUAUUUUUCAAGGCAAUGCCUUUAUUUUCUAGAAUUUCAAAAACAAAGCUGUUUCUAGGUCCAUCAAUUGUUAACAGGGCACGUAUGUAAUUUCUUUUUUGUGUGACUUGCAUAUGAAUCAUCUUGUCCUGUGUUUGCGCAAAUGCGCAUGUGUUUGUGUAUGUGUGUACUCUAUAUAUGUCUGCCUGCGAACAAAUUACUGCUUUGUGGGGAGGGGUGGGGUGAAGUGGAGAUUAAUUGGAGAUUUCAAUUUCAACCAUUGCUUGGGGGCAAAAAAAAAAUUAGCCGCCUCACUCCUGCACAGCUGCUGGCCUAGCCUCCCACUACAAAAGCCAUCAAAUUACUUGGCUGGGGCAGUAAAAAUGGCUGAAUUGAUUUGGACUGGGGUUGAAUAGAUUUUAAAUGCUGUUCCACUGAAAAAUGUCAGACCUUAACACAUUUUUAAGCUUUUAUAAUGAAUAAUAUUCAAAGUGCUUUCCCAGCAGUUGUUGUAUUAGCAUAGAAUUUAUUUUUUUGUUGAGGUUGUUAGUGAGUUUUCACACUACCUGGCAUUUCACUUAAUCAAUGGACUGACAGUCACUUGAUCUAAGGUGUUUAUGAACUUGAUGCAACUGGAACAAUUGACUGAGAUUCUUCAGAAUAUAUUUGUUCUCUCAAUAAUAAAAUUCCAACUUACUGCUAGUUCUUGGAUUUAUAUGCUGCACAAUGCAGUAUACAGGAUUCUAUCCAAUCUUGAUCAGCCAGAAAUUGGUGACUAUAUGAGUGGCCUCUGCCCAGCAAUAGGUAGUGGAAUGUUUAGCCAGAGGUUUUGUUCACAAUGGUUACUUACUCACUAUGUGGAAUGGAUACAGGCUCAGUAAUCCUGUUUUUCCUUCUGAUUCCCCUUUCCUCACCUACUUCAGUCAAAGAACCUGAAGAUGCAUGUCGUUCAGUUAGUACAAUAGCUGGACAAGAUACUGUCUGGAACUAUACCCAAGCCCAAGUUAAAUGCCUUCAUGAAAGUGAAGGUGGAAAACUUUUUUUAAAAAAAAACUCUCUCUCCCCAUCCAAUAGUUAUUUCUAUGAAAAGACAGAUAAGUAUUUGCAUACGUAAAAGCACAGUUGGAUUAAUCGAGCUAGUAAUUGUUUUGUUUCCUAGCCAGAAUUACAAUCAGGCGACUAGUUUUUUUUUAAAUCAAGCUCUGGUUUUGUUUCUUACAGUUAUUAAUUUCAAAGCCAAAAAAAAUCUAGUUUACAAACAUAGCAAACACAUGGUAGACUAUAGCUGAAGGCUAGAACUGAUAUGAAAUGCUUUGUGCAACAUUCUGGUGUUUAUGGGGUUUGGUUUUGAGAGUAAUUGCCAAGGAGGAAAAUGUGUUUGCAAACACUUGUAUGGACAGAAUGAAAUAAAGUAACAAAGUCAAAACUAGCCUUGUGAGCAGGACUGUAGAAAAACUGCCAUGUUCAGUUUGCUCAGACUGGAGGAAUCAAAAUGGGCUUGAAGAACGUUGGAUACUAUGCAUUAUCAGCAAAAGAUAAGUGACAACUAUUGGAACGCUGAAUAAAAUCAGGAUGCAACUUCACACAAUAAAAAAGAAGUCAAUGGUUGAAGAUCAGUUUUGGGUGAAUUAAAUUUGUGAAUGGGAAGUAGAUAAAGCUAGGUUGGUUUGGGGGAAAUACCCUAUUUGAUAAAGCUAAGUGAGAAUCCUCCUUAUGCUGAGAAUCUUGUUGCCUUUGCAUGUUGUAAAAUCUCUCAAACCAUGAAUGAAGUGUUGAAUGAACAAAGAUUUCCUUGUGUGAAAGAGACAUUGAUAUCUGCUAACACAGAGCCUACAGAAUAAUGAUGAUACUGCCUCCCCUUAAAGUGCUGAUACCCGACCUCUGCCCUUUACCUUUCCAUGCAACUUUUCCAAGAUCAGGUUUUCACUCUGUUUGCAAUCGUCACAAACUUGAGUGAUAGAGUUACCAACGUGCAGUGCAUUCCGGAAUGUUGGGAAUUUUUUUCACAAGGUACAGUUUGACCCAGAUGAGAGUAUAAAAAACAGUGAUAUGAACAAAAUAAGGCAAUAUUGACAGUGAUUGGAACAUAGUACUGUCACUGGACCUGUUUUGUAUUCCUUUUGGCCAGUUUAACAAAAAAAAACUGGUUGCCAGUGAAAAAAAAUAAAUAUGGGUAUAAGAAUGAGUAGGGUGUCCAUUUUAGAAAAUGUUCUGUUUCACAACACCUGUUCUUUACCAUAGAUAUCAUAAAAAACAUAUGAAAUCAUUACAGAGGUGCAAAAUUGGUCCAGUUACUUUUCAAUUGUUGGAAAAGGCUUCUGUUCCAUUGUGAGAUCAGUUGCUAGUUGGUGAACCGAUGAAGGCAGCUAUGUGCUCUGCAGUGUUUCAGGCCUUUUAGAUGUUGUAGGGCCUUUUUAAGGAAAUCAUCUUAAUCAGGGCCUCUGUCAUGACUAAGCUGAAUUCUGUCUUUGGUUGUAUCAGUUUACUAGAUUUUUUUUAACCUGUCUCAGAGAGACAUGUGCAAUUUUCAUAAAUAAUCCAGUGAUCUCUAUCUUAAUUCACAUAAAGAUGUACACCAACAUGAUCUGGGCUUUCAAACAGCCAGAUAUUGGAGAUGUACUGGCAUACUAAGGAACUUGGCUUUACUCUGGAAGUAGCUGGUUCAGGGGUUUCUUUUCAUAAUGAAAAACGCAAGUUCAGAAGUAUAUUUAGCAAAAUGGCCAAACAAAGUGAAAACAGACAUUGAAAUUUAUACCUGAGAUUGAUUUUUAAGUUUUAUAUUGAAUCUAAGGGCAACUUGCAUCUGAAUUGUGUGAAACUUGUCAGCAGAAGGCAGCUGUGUUUUACUGGUUAUAGUGGAACAUGUUACAUAUGGAAUUUAGCGACUGGAAAUAUUGUGGGACUUCAAUAAUGUCAUGAAGGAUGUGAAUUGUUUUGUGAUUACCAUUGUCAUUACAGAAACUUGAACAAAUGCAAUGUUGUGUGGGAGAUUGGGAGGAAGCUUAUUUGAAAAAAUAUUGGAAAUCCUUUGCAGCUUUUCAUUUGCUUCCAAGUAUUUUUUUAAAAUGACUUGUUUUUUUUACUCAUGGCAGAAUGCAACUUAAGUUUUGUUGAAGAUAAUGUAGGUAAUCUCUGACUUUAAGUGUAAAAUGGCAUCAUUAUCCACCUUCACUACUUUUCUCUCCUCUUCCCUACCCACUCGUUAGCAAUCAUCUUGACACAAAUUGGAAGGUUGGGACAAUGCAGUCAGUUGACCUCCUGAACCUCGUUGAGUUAUGCUUCAGUAUCAUUUGCCAUGCCUUUUUUGAUUCUGCAGAGGAUACUAUAGACUGAACUUGGGACUUAGUGAAUUGGCUGUCAGUUUUGACUUUGCUAAUUGGCUGCUACAUCAGAAUGCAAGGCAAAAUGGCUAAUUAGAGCAUCACUUUCCCUUCACAGAAAAACUGGUUGACAGGAUGAUUCCUGAAUACAGGGGGUGGAUUUGUAGAACUCUUCAAAUAUUCUGAUUGUUACUGUGGCAGCAGGUCACAUAGUAGCUUCGCCACAUUUAAUUGGGUUCAGUUAAUAAGCAAUAAUAAAGGGGCUUAUGAUUUCUAUUAUACUGUGUGGUUUGUAAAUGUUGCUACAGGGAUGCAACAGCCCAACUAAAAACCGCCAAGUAAUUGAGAUGCUUCAUUCUUGACACAUUGUAUUUCCAGUUUGAAGAUGUUCAAUUUAUCUGAAGUAUAAUUCAUGCUAUUCUCAUAUGAAGUGUGUAAAAGUGGAAGAAACUUGCCAGAAAACCUCGUGUACACCUUCAGUAUCCUGGGUAAUCAUUAAAGUAUUAUAGAACUUACAUGUGUAUAUCAGCGCUGAGCUGUACCGUACUCCUUCCUUAGGGAGGUGGGGGGACAAAAUCCUAAUUUACAAAAAAUUAGUCUUUUAAAUGAGCUUAUACCACUGAACAAUGAGUUUUGCUGAAAGACUCUAGUCAUACUGUAUAAUGUAGCUUCUGUAGACGGUUCCUUUUAGAUUUAUGUAUUGGUUUAGCACAGUUUUUUGUGUGCAAGUACAUCAAGUUUUUUCCAAAUCUGCCCCUUAACGAUUUUCCUCAUGUUAUGCUAUUAUGGUUCUCUGUUGUGUGGGCCAGCAAAAGGACCAAGGAUGUUUAUCAAACCAAUAACAUUCACAAGUGGCAUUUCUGCUUGUUACACGGAGUAUGUUGCUUUAUUGCUAUUGAUGCAAUUUGUUUUUCAACUUCAGCAAAGUUCACUCUUCUGUCAGCACUGAUUUACUCCAGUUCCCUUUGACAAUUUCUAAGUCAGUCCUGCUGCUCCUUCUAAGAACGUGAUGCAUUUAAGAGUUGCCCUGUUUCAGAAAGAUGAUAUUAGGAAACCAGCUUGAGUUUUUGGUUUGAAUAUUAAGCUUGCAUCUCAUUUAUAAAUGCAGAGAAAUGUGUGACGCUUACAGAUUUUUGUAGAAAAACAACUUAUCCAUUCUUCAGGACUUUUUUCUUGUGUUUUAUUGUCUUGGUGGGUACAGAUGGAUGGUCACGUCAUAUGCUUUUGUGGUUGCAGAUGAGUGCUUUGAGUAGAUGCUGUCAUUGAACUUGAAUGAGACAGUGGGAAAUUACAGAAGCUUGAGGAAUUUGAUCCUGAGCUAUCUUAAACUUCCCCAGCUUGUUUUAAUUUACAAACUCUGCUGUAUAGUUUGGGGUUCUUAAAGGGCAUAAUCGCCCCAUUAAAAACAUGUAGUAAAUGGUUUAUUUGGGCAUAUGAUGCCACGACACAGUAUCACCCAUCUAAAAACUUGUUACAAUGAAAUUGUAGACUGAACUUGGGAGUUAGUGAAUUGCACAAGUCUUUAGAAAUGCACAAUUGGUCAGUCAGCAGCUGAAAGAGAUCUGUAAAUGUUUAAAUGGGACACUUAAAUCAGAAUGACUAUUCAAACAGAAUAGCUUUAUGAAGGAAUUGCCCCUUUUAAGCUUACAAAAUGCUUCCUCUAUGACAUUCUCAUCAGGAUCUUACAUACUGUUGCACUCCAGUUGAUGGAAUGGCACACACUUACGUGCUGUAAGGUUAGUGCUGUAAACAAUUACUAAAUGAGUCACAUCUAAAGUAAGUUUGGUUGUGACUAUCAGAUUAUUGUCGGGUAAGAUGUCUAUCACUGUAUUUUGUCUUCAUUUACAGGCAAUGUACACAAUGUAACAUUUGUAGGAUUUGGUGUUAGUUUGUUUUGAUUGAAUUUAUUAGUCCUUCCUAUUUGCAUGAAGGCUGGGAAAGAUGUGCAAAUACUGUUUUUAAUUACCUGUAACAUCUUUAUCAACAAAUAGAUGCUCUUGCUACUGUCUUUUGAUUUUAUAUUUUAUCCUGCAAAAUCGUCUGGACCCCUUGAAGCAGCUUUUUUAUAUAGCGUUCAGCAAAAGGAAAGUUUGGUCUGAGUGCUGGAUGUAUUCUGUACAACUUCUGUUUAUAACUGACUGGCAAAGUUAACUAUAUUUUAAGUAAAAUUUUAUAAGUUUAGCCUAAACAGUUUGGCCUUAUUUUUGAUGUGUUAUGCUCCUUGUCUUAUUUGAGGAACAUUUAUUAAUGUAAAUAGGGUUGUCGGAGCAAGUAUAUUUUUGUGACACAACAGCUUUCAAAAAAGUAUCCAAGACUAAGAAUAUGAAAGGGAUAUUGAACCUGCUAGGUAGCUUCUGCCAUACUUCAGCAUUACUCAACCAGCUAAUUUCCUUCCUGCACUGGUUAAACACCUUAUUUUUCCACACUCUGAUUCUGCUGACGCUCUAAUUACCUCUAGGUCUGCAGUUGAAAAGGGGGAAAUAAAGUGAACUCUGAACAUUUCUUUUGAACCUGAAAAACUAUCCCAUCUAUCAUAUGCUGACAAGUCUGAUUUUCCCAUUUCCAUGUACAGUGCAGAUUCUGAAAUAGAAUGCAGGCUAAGAGACAAAAAUAUUAAACAACUUUUAAAUUGGAAAAUGGUAUACACCUACAAGUAACUGAAGAGGAAAUGCAAGAUUGUGAAACAUGAAGAAAUGAGCAAAGGACCAAUCACUACCACUGAGUAGUUAAUUAAGGUUACUGAGGAUGGUGCAUAGAUUCUUUUAGCGAGAUAGCGGAGAGAUGUGCAACUCCUGAUCAUAUCUUUGCAACUUCCAAAUGUGCGCUUUAUCGAUUUCUCCCUCCCUCUGUCAAGUUAAAGACAACUCACAUUUUUAAUGUAGUGCAACAUCCCUUAACACCACCUGACAAUAUUCAAACAAAAUUUGAUAUGAAGGGCAUAGAGACAGUAGAACAGUGAUAUUUGGUCAGAGAUAUGUUUUAAGGAAUUGCUUAGUAUGGAAAUCCUAGUAUUUUAGGGUUUGAGCAAUCUUUUUAAGGAUCGAGGCAUGUAUACAGGACAGUAGCAGCUACCCAAUGAAUAUGAUAUAAAACUGUAAUACUUCAUAAUAUUUGAAUGAAUAGACUUGUAUUUGAUUGGCACCUUUACUGAGAGUUGAGGAUGAAAAUCAGUUCACUUUCUGUAAUUACAAUUUAUCUAGCUUUGUACAUCUGAACAGCUAUAUGUAUGAUUAUACCUAGAUUUUCAUUAAAAUGUGAAUUAUAAGAA